AUGGACGAUGCAACAAUCCGGAAUUCAGAAGAGGAUGUGAUCGAAGAUGUAAUUGCUAAGUGUCCGUCACUACAGGCAGAUGUGUCUGAUGAUUUGAUCGCCAAAUCUCUCACUAAUUAUGGUGAUCGUUCAUCCAUGGCACCUCAAGAGCCCAAGUGUUCGUGCAAUUGUUCCGCAUUAGGCAUUAAAAACUCAUGCCUUCAGCUUCGUAACCUGUCAUGUAAUCCCCAAGAAUCUAAUCCCCUCGGUAUUCCCCUCAAUUUGGAGGACGGCCUAUGCCUAAUUCAUCGGAUUGCAUGUAGUAAACUGGAUAUGCGCCUGCGGAAAACGAAUUCAGUAGAUGGAUCCAACACGUCAUCCUACGCCCUAAGUCUGUGUUGUUCCCAAUCUGGUGUCACUUGUUUUUGUACAGUUGACUCAUGUUCAUGCAUUGUAGCAUCGUCAGCUCGCUUAAAGGCAUCAACUUCGUGUCAAACCGACGGGUUGUCAGAUCCACGUGCAAUUGAACUUUUUUCAUCAUCCGAUCCAUUUGCUUCACCUGACAGACAACUUACAAACUUGGACGAGAGUUCAAUGCUGCCUGAUUUUAGUUUCAUAAACAGCUUCAGCCAACCGUCUUCAUCUCUCACCGAAUUAGUGGCUCCAAUGCUUGAAACCUCCCAGCCAACAUCUGUUAUUACUUCGCUCCCAGUUCCGCCAAUUGAGGCUCCCUCUCCACCCCCCUCAAGUAGUUUUUUGUUCAACUGUUCUUUCUGUGGUCGCAUUUACAGACAAAAGAUUCACCUUCGCAAGCAUAUUAUGGCUCAGCACACCAAGCAAAAACCAUUUUUCUGCCCUCACUGUUCGUAUGCCACCGUCGAAAAGAGCCAUUUAACUGUCCACAUUAGAACGCACACCGGAGAACGUCCAUACACCUGCCGAGUGUGUAAUUAUUCCUCUACACAAAACUGCACCCUGAAGUCCCAUUACCUUCGAAAGCAUCCCGAGAGCAAGAUUACCUGCGUGGCCUGUGGCGGCGCCUAUGUCACUGAAUUAGAAUAUCAGAAUCACCUGAAGAACUGUAUGAAUUCCAACGGGCUUUUGUAA